AUCUCGCCGGUUCUCAUGGGAAUAAAACACUCUUCUCGCUGUAUGCUUCUGAGGAGAAAGAUGGCGGAGUCAGAGAGCUCUGAGCAGCAGCAUCCACAGCCAAUCCGCAUCAUCCAGUCCCAGUCGACCCAGCCCACCCCAUUGCCCAGGCCCGUGCCCUCGGUCCACCAUGUGCCUAGACCACCCCACGCGCCUCACUCUGCCAGCCUGCCCAGCUGUCCCGGCCGAGGGAAGAUGGCCAAGUCCCUCAACCCCGAGGACAUGACUUCCAGAGACUACUACUUUGACUCCUAUGCCCAUUUUGGCAUCCAUGAGGAGAUGCUGAAGGACGAGGUGCGGACCCUGACCUACAGGAACGCCAUGUACCACAACAAGCACGUCUUCAAAGACAAGGUGGUGCUGGACGUGGGCAGUGGGACAGGCAUCCUGGCCAUGUUUGCUGCCAAGGCAGGAGCCAAGCACGUGUACGGGAUUGAGUGCUCCAGUAUAUCUGAAUACUCUGAGAGGAUCAUCAAGUCGAACCACUUGGAUAGUGUCAUCACCAUCUUCAACGGCAAGGUGGAGGAGGUGGAGCUUCCUGUGGAGGAGGUGGACAUCAUCAUCUCUGAGUGGAUGGGCUACAGCCUCUUCUACGAGUCCAUGCUCAACACGGUCAUCUUCGCCAGGGACAAGUGGCUGAAACCUGGCGGCCUGAUGUUUCCAGAUCGUGCUGCCCUGUAUGUGGUGGCCAUAGAAGACCGGCAGUACAAGGACUUCAAGAUCCACUGGUGGGAGAAUGUGUAUGGUUUUGACAUGACUUGCAUCCGGAACGUGGCAAUGAAGGAACCAUUGGUGGACAUAGUGGACUCCAAACAUGUGGUCACCAACUCCUGCCUGGUCAAGGAAAUAGACAUCUACACAGUGAAGACCGAGGACCUGUCCUUCACGUCCGCCUUCUGCCUGCAGAUCAACAGGAACGACUACGUCCACGCUCUGGUCACCUACUUCAACAUCGAGUUCACCAAGUGUCACAAGAAAACUGGCUUCUCCACCGCCCCUGACGCCCCCUACACUCACUGGAAGCAGACAGUGUUCUAUUUGGAGGACUACUUGACUGUCCGCAGGGGGGAGGAGAUCAUCGGCAGCAUCGCUAUGAAGCCCAACGAGAAGAACAUACGUGACCUGGAUUUCACAUUUGAGCUCGACUUUAAAGGACAGUUGUGUGAGGCAGCCAUCUCCCAUGACUACAAGAUGCGCUAGGUGGCCAGCAGGGGGCGACAGUGCUGAGAGCGGCCCGGCCAACCAACAUAGGGGGCUGAGAGCACCUGCCUGGAAUACACUGCGCCACCCGAGGAGCCCUUGAGAGCUCAGGUCAGAAGAGCAUCACAGCUCAAAGGUCCGUCAAGCAAUAUCAGAAAUCCUCCAAUGUCUACUACUACUAGGUAGACUGUUUUUUCAGAACAACUUUGAAUGUAACACCUUUUGAAUCAGAGAAUGUUCUUCUAUGGUAUUUAUGAAUGUUAUUCCGUAUGUAAGAGAUCAUCUUGUUUUUGACUUGUAUUGAGUUAUUGGUCUUUGUUAUUCUAAAAUAAUAUAACCACAGACGUGAAGGAGGUUCCUUUGCACUUCUAAAGAAAUGUACAUAUAUCUCUGCGGAAGAGAUGUUAGCUCCUGUGUUUAACGGCUAACUGGAAUCUCCAGUCGUUUGUUAUUGUACAUGUAUUAACUUUAGGACAUUCUAAAAUGAGUUAGUAUUUCCAUCAAUUAAGCCUUUGCUCUGUUGAUUGUUUUGAAAUCAUGUUGACUUUGUGUGUAAAGUACAGCCAUUAUUCAAGCCAAGGAAAACUCAUUGCGUAUGUGUCUUGUGAACGUUUGUUUGUCUUUGCAAUCAACUGAUAUACUGUAACUUAAGGGAGUGUGCAAUGUAGUGUCUGGAGACUCACAAGAUGUAUGCACAGUUUGCACUCCAAAGUGAGCUUUGUGGUCUCUGUGUGAGGGAACAUUAUCUGUCAGAAUGUCAGGUGGUCUAACUGUCCCUUCUCCAAAUACCCAGAUAAAGAUUUGGACUUUUA